GUUUACUUAUUGGUUGUCAAAAUAAUGGAUCAGUAAAAACUGUUUUAUUGAAUUAUAAAUUUCUUACAAGAAUAUAUUAAAUUUUAAUAAUAUAUUACUAAAUUAGAUACAUAACUGUUGUCAGUAUCAUCAAUGAAUCCUUAAAAAGUUAAAAUGUCUAAUGUAAAGGCUCAAACCGUAAGAAAAAAAACUCAGGUUUCGAUGGUAAUAUGCGACCCGUUAGAAAGAAAACACCGCUCCGGAGUGAACUCUCUCCAACUCGAUCCGCACUUGGAUCGAUUAUACUCUGCAGGUCGUGAUUCCAUCGUACGAGUGCAUGAACGAGAAAUGUUUUUGCACGGAAUGGAACACCACACCGACUGGGUUAACGACAUAGUGCUGUGUUGCGGAGGACGACAUAUAAUAUCUGCAAGUUCUGACACGACCGUUAAAGUAUGGAAUGCUUACAAAGGUUUCUGUAUGUCCACGUUAAGAACUCACAAAGACUAUGUCAAGGCAUUGGCCUAUGCCAAAGAUAAGGAACAGGUCGCUUCGGCUGGUUUUGACAAGUCGAUAUAUCUGUGGGACAUUAACACUCUUACGGCUCUGACUGCUAUGAAUAAUACGGUGACAACUUCUAGUUUAGUUGGCAGCAAAGAGUCUCUAUACAGUUUAGCCAUGAAUCCUUCUGGAACUCUUGUUAUAGGUGGAUCUACCGAGAAAGCUUUAAGAUUGUGGGACCCGAGAACUUGCGUAAAGUUGUUUAAACUUAAGGGCCACACAGGGACCGUGAAAGCCUUGGUCGUGAAUAGGGAUGGAACCCAGUGCAUUUCAGGUAGUAGUGAUGGGUCGAUUAAAGUGUGGAAUAUUGGACAACAAAGGUGUAUUCAAACUAUUUUGGUACACUCGGACUCAGUUUGGGCCUUGCUCGUUACAGAUAAUUUUACACAUGUUAUAUCCGGAGGUAGAGACAAAAAAGUGAUAAUGACUGAAUUGAAAAACGUUCAAAAUUACAUUUUGAUUUGUACAGAAGAAGCACCGAUUUUAAAAAUGUGUUUUACUGCUGACCAGCAAGCAAUAUGGGUUUCAACAUCGAAUUCUACUAUUCGUUGUUGGAAACUUCCCACAGAGAAAAACUUCAAAGACGAUUUGCCCAUGCCAACUCAACCAAUUAGUUCAAUACCGGGCGAUGCUGCAAUAGUAAAAGCGACUGUUUUGAAUGAUAAAAGACAUGUUAUAACCAAAGAUACCAACGAAAAUGUUGGCAUAUAUGACGUUUUGCGGGCACAAAAAGUCGAAGAUUUAGGUCCAGUGAACUACCAAAAUGAGAUCAAAUCAAGAAACAGCGAGAGAUUAAUCUACGUACCGAAUUGGUUCAAUAUGGACCUAAAAACUGGGAUGCUCACCAUUCACCUUGGCCAAGACGAAGUAGACUGUUUUUCCGCUUGGGUAUCGGCCAAAGAUGCGGGCAUUUUGGGACACCCCGAACCCGAUCACAAAGUUAACUACGGCAAGCUACUGUUGCAAUCGUUGUUCGAGCAUUGGCGUAGAGUCCCGCCCGACCAGGAGCAGAUCUACUUCAGCGUUCCUAAUCACAUUCCUUUAAUUUUAAGCGAAGUCGGGGGUAGAACAAUAUACAGGGUGUUGGUGGGUGAUGCUGCCGGCCAAAACGAAAACGACAUGUUGAACGAUGCCGUUCCCAAUUGGGUGGUGUCCAACAUCGAGGACAAUUGCACCAGCAAGUUUACAAAGAUACAGUUUUAUUUGAAACCGCACGCCACUGUGCCGGCUAAUCUUCUUAAACAGGAUCGCUUGAAAAAGUCGGACAGAUUAGUGGCCAACGAUUUCAUCCAAUGCCGAAAAGUAGCGGAGCAUGUCUUGGAUAAGUUGCUUGGAGAAGGUACGGCAACGUCGCCUAGCGGUGAGGGGGAUUCACAAACUCAACCUGCCAGCGGUUAUACGGUUGAUCAGAUUCAGCUUUCAUGCUCUGAUCAGAUUUUAGAUCAUUCAAUGGACUUGAGAACUGUGAAGCACUACAUGUGGAAACAUUCCGCUGACUUGGUGUUACAUUAUAAGAUUAUUAAUACCAUUUCGAAAUAACUAUUUAUUUUGUGACAUUACAUGAUAUAACUUGCCAAAAAAAAUCAUUUUUUGUGUCAUUUUUGAAAUUGUUUGUUUCAAUGGUAUAUUAAUCAGUAGGAGCUUACAGACCCUCUAGGUAUGAACAAAAAUCAAAUAUAACCUUAAAAUAAUAAAUUUUGUGAAUAAAGUGACAUAAUAAAAAAUAGAUAAUUUUGAGAAUAUUAAAAAGUCUUCAAAAACAGUCAUACUUUUGGUUUUAAUGUUAUAGCUGAUUUUAUUCAUAUCAACAGUGAGAUAAGCAGUCUAUGCUGUCAAACUGAGGUCUGAAUACCCAAUUAAGAAUAUACGUAUAGUCUGAAUCAAUGGAAUAUAAUUUUUAUUUAUAGUUUAUUUAUAAAAAAUUAUAUAUUUUAUAGGUAUUUUAAUUUAUAUUGUAAGUUGUU